CUGCGCCCCUCAGUGGGGAGCGGAUCACAGGACGGACACUAGCGACGCUAAAGACGAUCACAGGAAUUGAGUCGUGUGGGGUGCUGACAGAGAUUGAUCCGUCGUGUGUAAGUCGCGCUGGAAAAUGGGGAGCCAACACAAUGGGUCAUGGAAAUCAAAUGUCCGGGGAAGCAAGCACUCGAGGUGCUCGAGACAGCAGGAGGAGUGGUUACUCUCAAGUCAAGAUGAGCAAAGGUGUACUAUCCUCUCACCUACGACAUACCUCGACAUUCAUCAUCAAAGAUGGCGACCCAGCUCGCGCCGCACCAGCAAUUCUACAUCUUUGGCAACUGUAACAUGGUGCCAGACCACUAUGACGAGUGGCAAGCAGCAUACGACAAACUCGCCGAGCACGUCAUGGCCAACGAGCCCGAAACGCUCACCUACUACUUCGGCCUGCCCCUGGAGUACGCCGCCAACCCCAGCGCGACGCCCUCCAUGCUCGCCUUUGAAGCCUACGCCUCCCGCGCCGCCCUGUACGACGUCCACCUCCAGUCCAAGCCCAUGCAGGAGGGCUUCCUCCCCGUGGCGAGCCGCACGAUGAGCACGGGACUGGAUCUGACACACUAUGAGGCCGUCGAGGGCAGCUUUCUCGACCGGUCAGGCCACAAGACGGAGUGCGGCAUCAUCCACGAUGUACAGAUCACAUGCACGGGCCCCGAGGCGAGGAAGAGUCUCGUCGGCGCGCUCACGCUGUUCUGCACACUUGUCAACGAGCGGCAGGGUCCGGCGGGCGAGGACGGCGAGGUGCUCUCGUUUCUGGGUCUCGUGUCGCUGGACAAUGAGACUGGGGCGCGCAUCUUUGCGCGUUAUGCGUCGCGCGAGGUCUGGGAGAGGUGGCUGCGCGAGACACUCGUGACAAAAUUCUGGGAAAGCGUCAAGCCAUAUGUCUCGAGCGUCGAUGCACGACCAUACGCACCCAACGGCAAGGGAUGGCUGUGGAAGUGACAAGGCAGCGGGGUGGCCUCACUGUGUCGAUUAUAAUUCAAAGUCAGCUUCUCAUUAGAAGAUUUACUCAUCGUGAAACGCGAAUGCCCAUCUCCGCCAAGCGUGCCUCGGACUCGUCUCGCUCUGUCGGUCCUCUUCUCGUCCUCCUGCGUUCUUGUCGUCGCCGUCGUCGUUCUACGAUUCGUCGCCGCUCGCUGGAGCAAAUGCAGCCGAUCCAUAACACGAAGCCCAAUCUCAUAAUCCUU